AUGUCUCUGUUCCGACGCAGGGCGUCGAACGCGUCUGAAGUGUCUAAUGUGGAAAUACAAAAAGAUACAGAAAACGUAUAUCGCCUAUACGAACUGGCUGUGGAUGAGGUCAACUUUGCAGAAGACUCGCGCGGAUCAGCGUAUUAUGCUGGCGAUUUGAUCACAGCACGGGAGGCCAUUGACGACUGUGCAGGCGCAUUCAUGCGUCUAUUGCAGCAAAUUCCAGAUCACAGGCUGCGGACACAGUUGCAGUCCGCCAUCACGCCAAGGCUGAUAAACCUGCAAGAAAAGUUCAAUGCGCUUCCACCUGAAUCGUCGUUGAUUUCGUUAUCGUAA